AUGAAAAUGCUCUCUAUCAAGAAUAUAUUUGAAUUUAAAGACAAUCGUUUAGAUGGAGUCAGAGAAAAUUUGUUGACAAAUAUAAGUAAUUGAAAAAUCAAAUUUUUGAUUAACUUUAGGGUUUGGGUGUACCAGAUGUUUGUAUAAUAACAAAAUAAGCGCCUACAAAUUUAAGAAAAUCAUCUUUUGAAACCUAAUCUUCAUUUCAUUUUGUUUAAGGUCUAUGUCCUACAUCUUAAGCUGAAAUAUUUGCUUAUCUUCAAACUAUUUUACAGAAUUAAGAAAUAUAAGAACAUUAAUCCUUGUUUUCUAAAAUUCCUUAUAUUUCUAAAGUAUAAAUGUCUAUAAUAAAUAGUUAUCCUACCUUUGUUAUGAUUUAUUUACAAAAACAAUACUGGUUUGUGAAAUUUAAUUAUCAAUUGAAGGUUUACAUAAAUCUAAAAUGUUUGCUGUUUAAGAGAAUUAAGAAUAAAUAUUGCCUUCUUAAUAGCAUUGGUAAGGUGCUUAUAUUAGUAGUAUACUAAGAGCUAUUGAUGAAGAAUUUAAAUUAGCAAGUGUUGGUAGAUUCUUUAACAAUAUAAACUUAAAAAAUAAUAGUAGAUUAUCUGAAGUGAUUCAAUUGUUAUUGUAGUUAAUCACAGUAAAUCCUUAGAUUUUUGUAGAUUUUGAAAAAAUUAGUUCUAAUAAUAAUUUUCCUGAAUUUAAAGAAAUUUUAUAUUAUUUAUGUUGGCCAUUAGACAUUUUAGCUUCAUAUUUAGUAAAAUCUAAUCAAUUAGUUAUCUUAAUAAAAGAAUUAGAAAGUAUUUAAGAUAAUGAAGUAUUUUAUUUAAUCAAAUGCAUUUUGUACUAUAAAAUGAAGUAUUGAUAAAUUUAAAUUUAGAAAUUACGAAAAAUCUUUAUCGUGUUUAGUGAAUAUAUCUUAUAUAAGCAAUUAAUUUAAUUUGAUACAGUAUAUGAUUGGAAAGAUUCUAAUUAAAUUAAGAAAAUUUGAUUAAGCUUUAAUAACGUUGAAAGAUACUUUAAUAAAAUCCUUUGAAAGCUAAAUUGUUUGGGUUACUUUGGUAUAAAAAAAAAGUUUAUAUAUUAGGCUACCUUAUUUAGAAAAUCAAAUAAUUAUCAAAUUAGUUUAAGUUUGUUAAACAAAGCUGCAUCUUUAUAAGGAAAGAGAACCAAUAAAAGUUUUUGGCGUGAAAUAAUUAUUUCAAAUUAUCGAGUGAUGACUUAAGACAAUUCAAUAACAAAUGUGAAUGAUUUAGAUAAAAUUUAUGCAGUUAUCAAUCCAAUUUAUGUUGAUAAAAUUGAAAGCUUUUCCUAAUUAAGUAAUCAUCCUGUACUAGAAUAAUUAUUAUUAAGACAUAGACUUUUAGAUAAAAAGUAACUUAAAGUAUCUAAUUUUUAUAUUGUUAGUUUUGGAAUAUUUAAGUAUCAAAAUUUAUAGCUAAUUAGAACAUUAGAAUUGAAAAAUAGACAAUAGAUUUUAUAUCAUAAAAUUUACUACUAGAAAAUAAAUAAGAACUCUCUGUAUUAUAAAAAGAAAUAAUAAGACUUUCAAUUGAUGUUGGUCAUGAAAAAUUAAAAAAAUUUUUAUAACAUCAUUUCUAUACUCCACCUCAUAGUUUAUACAAUUUACAUGAUAAUAAAGUUGACAAAAAAUGUUUAGAAAUUAAAUUAAAAUCCAAAAAUCUAAAAGCUAAUUAAUGUCAUUUUAAAAAAGUAAAAAUUUUUAUUUUAUAAAAAGAGCUUAACUGAGAUUUUUUCAGAAAAUGAUGAGGAUUCAGAUGAAAGAGAACCUGAUUUUUUAUAAAAUAAGUCAUUUGACUUUUUAAAUUCCACUAUCAAAACUAACUAAUAAUCAAGUAGCUCAAAAAUGAUUUUCUCAAUUAAUAAAGCAUCUCAAAAAGAUUUUAAAAAAUAAUAAAUCUGCAAAAACUCUUUAGUUAUUCAAGAAAAUGCAUUUGAGAGUAUUGAAUCUGAAAGGGAUGAUAUUUAUAAAUUUAAAAAAUCUACAAUCCAAACUUUAUAAAUUACAAAUACAAUGAAACCAUAAAGUGAAUAAAGUUUUACAUAAGAAAAGAAAGUAUAAAUUUAUGGGUAUAUCGAUUAUCUUUAAGAUGUUCCAUAAUUUAAAUAGACUGAAAUGGAAGAUAUGAUGAAAAGAAAAAAAGACACUUUACACCCUUCAUUCUAUGAAUUUGUAAAUUACAUUUCAUAAACUUAAAAGAUUCUUGAGGAAUUAUUUUAUUUUAGCAACAAUCAAAGAUCCUAAACUUGCUAAAAUUCUGUUUAAUAAUCUAUUAAUAAUUCUGAAUAAUAAACACCAAAAUAAAAAAAAACAUAAAUAUUUAAAUCUCAAUUAAAAGAAUCUUUGAAAAAUAAAAGUUUUUUAUAGAAAAGAAUAGCCAUUUAGGAUUUUUAUGUUAUAAAUGGUCUUUAAGUCAAAGAUUCAGAUGAGCAACAAACAUACUUUCAAUUCAUUAAACAUGAAUCAAUAUUUCUUUAUAAAUGUAGUAAAAUAGCUUUGAAGCUUAAACAGACAAAACUAGCAUAGAAACUAUUUGAAAAAUUAAAUGAACGAGUUAUAUCAGUUUAAGUGUCCCACUCUCUAUUACAUAUAUUGAAAGAUGAUCAUGUUUAAUUAAUUUAGUAGUAAAUAUUUAAAUAUAUUCAAAAGAAUUUAGAAAAUUAUGGUCGAUUUUUUAGAAUGUGGCAUUUAAAAAAUAUAAUCAAUGCCUAUCUGGGUUGAAAUUCAUUUAAUUAGAUUAAUUAAAAUUAAAGGUUCAAAUUAUGUUUUGGGAUUGUUAAGUGCUCUAGAAAGUUAAGACACUUUUUAAUUAAUGAAAAAGAUUGUGUUAUAAGCUGAUAACUUGCUUUGA